UAAAACGCAAAACAACCGUACAACUGUUAGCAAUUAUUGUAUCUUUCUUUUUCUUUUACGAUGAUUUAAGAAAUGUCUGCACAAGUGACGACGGUUGGGGUUUUUUGGUUGUGUAAUUUGAAUGUAUUGGAUUACGGCGAAAUGUGUAAAAAGAGUGUGACUAGUGUCCACUUCUCGAAGAAGUUGACACUGGCUCGAUGGACUGCCGACUGCGACAAUCAAAGGCACGGUUGAUCAGCUGUACAAAGGUGUAAAACCUCUUGUAUCUUGAUCAUUUUGGUGAGAAAUGUCAACCUUAGAAGAAAUCAUGAACAUGGACCAAAGCAUGCCCUAUGACAAGUCUGCAAGGGGCAGAGUUGUGUUUGCAAGCAGUCCAGAGACAUAUACUAAUGCCAAUGGUGAGACAAAGCAGUCAAAGUCUGUUGCUAUAGCAGAUGACAAAAAAGCUGUGAAAGUUGUGUCGUAUGACCCAACCCAAUUCAACAAACUUAUUGAAGGUAAAACAAUAAUGUUGAGAAAUUUCAUCCGAAGGGAUGGGUAUAUCAUUCUAACCCGAACAUCUAGACUGUUCCCAACACAAGAAAUUGAAGUCCCUGACAGCAGAGUACAAGAGGGUAAGGCUCUUGUCAAUCCACCAGCGGCUCCUAUGGUUUCAUUGAGAGAAGCACUAAGGUCACCUCCAAAAACCAAAACAACUGUUUGCGGGAAAGUCAUUCAGAAAGUCGAACCACCAACUGUACAUGUGACACUUACAGUAAUUAGUGCCUGUGCACAAGAUGACGUUACAGAACUUCUCCUCAGUGAUGACUCUGUGAGGGCAAUUCCUUCACAAUUAUUAAUGGCUGCCCUUCCACAAGAACUUGAAGAAGUAUUAGAUCCAGAAUCUUUCUUUGCAGAGCGAAAAACAAACUUAAGACUGCAAUUAAAAGGAUCGGAAGUACUUUCAGUGAAACUUCAGUAAACUGUUAUACAUAUACAUGACAUUAUUCAGCAUUCCUAGUUUACCAUGUUUUCCCUAGUGUUUUUUUUUAUAAAUCUCCUACUUUUUCAUACAUUCUACAACAAGCUCCUACUUCUCCUAGUUAUGCCCCCCUUCAAAGAAGGGGGAUAUUGCUUUGCACAUGUUGGUGUGUUGGUCUGUCCGUCCGUCCACCACAUGAUUGUCAGAUGAUAACUCAAGAACGCUUAGGCCUAGGAUCAUGAAACUUCAUACGUACAUUGAUCAUGACUGGCAGAUGACCAACUAUUGAUUUUGAGGUCAAUGGUCACAGGUGAAGGUCAUAGUGACUGGAAAUAGGAAAAUGGUUUUUAAAUGAUGACUCCAGAAUGCUUACGCCUAGGAUCAUGAAACUUAAUAGGGACAUUGGUCAUGACCAGCAGAUGACCCCAACUGAUUUUCAGGUCAAUAGGUCAAAGGUCAAGGUCACAGUGACCUGAAACAGUAAAAUGGUUGAAUGGAAAUAGCAAAAUGGUUUCCAAAUGAUAACUCAAGAAAGCUUUGCCUUAUGCCUGGGAUCAUGAAACUUCAUAGGGGCAUUGAUCAUAACUGGCAGAUGACUCUUAUUUAUUUUCAGGUCACUAAAUCAAAGGUCACAGUGAAACGAGACAGUAAAGUGGUUUACUGGAAAUAGGAAAAUGGUUUCCAGAUGAUAACUCAAGAAGGCUUACGCCUGGUAUCAUGAAACCAUCACCACCUCCACCACCACCUCAGUGACAAAAAACGUAUUCACACAAUAGCUGCCAUUACAACUGACAGCCCAUAUGGGGGGCUUGCAUUUUUUAUAAACAGCCCUUGUUCUUUUUCAAGUAACAAGUCUUAAAAACUUUUAAUGGGCAAAAAAAUAAUUUGAUUUUGUUAAUUUGAUGUCACCUGGAUAUGUAUACAUGUAUUCAUAGGGUUUUAAAUAUAGUUGUGUUUGCUGUAGGUAUAAUUUCUUGAUUUUGACAUUUGCAAAGAUUGCCAAUAUACAACAUGAAGAAGUGAUUAGGCAAAAUUAUUUUUACAAUACUUGAGGCUGGACCCUACACAUUCAGUUUAAUUGGGUCUAGCCACUCAUUAGUUAUCAAUAAGAAAGCAGGGAAAUUUAAUAUUUGAGUUUCAUCUACAGAUCAUGUGAUGUAGCAUUUAUAGGUACAGGAAAAGACUCGACCUUGUAUAAAUGCAAAGGAUCUUUCAGUUAUAAAAUUAGAAGUUAUAAAAUUAAAAACAAGCUUGAUCUUGUAAACAGAAAAUCAUUCAUUGAGUACACGACUUUCCAUUGAUUAAAUCUGGAACUCCUAACUUAAAUUCUUCUAAUUCAUCAUGUAUGCUACUGGUUUCUCUUAUAUGAUCCAUAAGAAUACUUGUAACAUAAUCAAUGACUUGGUGCAUAUUUGAGGAUGUUGAUUGCAAUCCGCAGUCAAUAAAUUUGUUUGGUAGCAUGUUAUAUUUAAUACCUGACAUACAGUUGUCCAUUCUUAUAAAUGGUUAGUUUAUUCAUGUGAUCAGCAAGAAAAUUGACAUGAUCCAUUGUUGUAGUGCCGAAAAGUCCUUUUGAAAGUUUAUCUAUGAAAAGCAAAAGUGCACUUUUACUUCUAGAUUAGAUUAUGGUUGAUUAAAGAAUAAGGCUCAAUACUCAAAUUGUACACUUGUAUUUUGCUCCUCUUCAUUUCUGAGGCUUUUUAUUCGAGUCAUCAUGUGAGAUAACAUGUGACACGAUUGAUUGUUCACUUAACAAGCUGGAAGUGCAGACACAUCAAAUUAUUUUGUGUUCCCUUCAAUUCAUGAUGUUUAUUUAUUAAAAGGGUGUUAUUUUCAACUGCUAAUAUGUAAAGGUGAUUUUCCUGUAAAAGACUAUUUUUCGUCUUAACCAUUUGAAAAUUUAAGUGCAUUUGCCUUUGUUAUUUAGCCCUUUUACAUUUACAAUACAUAUGUUAAUAUUCAUUCAAAAGACAGAGAAUUACAUGAUACUAUUCUUGUUCCAAACAUUUAAAAAUCAUUUUGUAGAACUAGAUUAUUAGUUAAUACUUCAUUAUGCAAAGUUAUAUUAAG